GCAAAUGCACUGCGAAUAGGUCCCAAUAGUAAACAGAAUCAGUCGUGAGGUUAAAAGCACGCCUUUCUAAGUAGUUUUCUUCCAUUACUUGGAGAGUUUUAAUUAAUAUACUGCAACAAUGCCGUUCAUGAAAGGGAUUGCUCCUAUACGAAGGACUGCCAAAUAUUUGGAAGCCGGAAGAAUAGUACUAAAAGAUAAGAUAAAAAUCUUUACUGUGAAUUUCAAUACCGUUGGGGACCAUCAUAAAGGUGCCAGGGAGUUCGUCUUUUGGUGCUUACCACAAAUUCAAUUUAAGAAUCCUGAUGUUCAAGUUCAAGUAUUCAGAAAUAUUACUCCAUCGCCAUUCAUUAGGGUAUUUCUCGAUGAUGGAAGUGACAUUGUUGUAGAUAUAGAUGGGAAAGAAAACGAUGACAUUCAGGAUCAUUUAAUUGAUACAUUAUGUAAAUCAAAGAAAGUUCUUGCAGAAGAAGCCAAAGCCAAACAAAUUACGGUGAAUCCUGCUAACUUCGGAUAUGGUUGUAAAGUCAGCUGCAUUUGUAGGGUACCUGGACAGGUACCAUGUUCAGGCUUGAUACCUUUACCUAAACAUAUGAGAGGGAAGUACUUGUUCUUUGAACGAGAUGACGGUGUUCCAUCCUAGAUCAUAUUUGUAGUUCUGCUGACUUUCAGUACUACUCAUGCUUGCUUUUGUUGAUGAGGAAAAUAUUAAAUUUUUCACAGAUUA